ACAAAGCGUUGGGUUAAUGUAAGGGCCACGUCAAAUGAUCAAGUCUAUUUGGGCUCUCUUUCCCUCUACCCAAAAUUUGUUUCCUUCCACCAUUAAAACUACUCUAAAUUCUAUCAUUUAAAGCAACAUCAUAUUCAUCAUUAUAAUUUCAACAAAUUCCAUCUCGUCUAAUCUAAUUUCAAUCAAAUUUAACCUAGAUUCCCAAUUUUCUUGACAAAAUCCAAUUAAUUUGCAGUUACUUAUGAUUUCUUUUUCUGGAAAUAAAAUCAGCAGAAGCUGAAGACGAAAGCACAGAAGUAAUCAUUGACUCCUAUGGUUGUUCAUCGAAUUUAAUUGAAUUAUUCAUGGAAGAUAAUUUCGAACCUUCUUCGUCAGUUGAGAGCAGCAAUUUUCGAUACCCUAAGAUUGAACUCCAUGAUUAUGAACCUCGCGCGUUUCCUACGCUGGUUAAAGAGGAUGAGAGAUGUGUAAAAAACUGCGAGAAUGGAGUAGCUGAUGAAGUAGGGGAAGAAGAGAAGAGAGAGACAGUGCAUUCUGAAAUAAAGUCUUCUUCAGAUCCCGAGAUGAAUGAUGAUGUCAUACACAAUGCAGUCACUGGCCAUAAGAAGCAUGGCAAAAUCUUCAUUUAUGAUGCCCCUGUUUCUGAGGAAACUGGGUUUUGGAUUCCUGUCUCUGUCCCUCCUCUACCGGAAAGUGAACAUGAAAAAUGGGCUUCGAAUCCUUCUUUAAAUGGGGGCUACUUGCCCGACACAGAUAUGGAUUGGGAUCAUUUUAUUGGAGAAAAUAAGGAGCUAACAAUGUGGGAUGUGGUUAUGGAGAUGAUGAUUGUGGCUGGUGGGAAGGUGAAGGCAAUUGCUUCUGGGGACUUUCAUCAAAGACAACUCUCCUGGAUAACAUCUAACUUUCUGGAGCAAGCAUGGAAGGAAAUGGCUCAAACUCUCACUGAGGCAACCAUAGUGAACGUGCAGGAGAUUUUGGAGACAGAGCCUCCACGUUGGCUUCCUGACAGUUCUGCAUCAGCCUGCAUGCUUUGUAGUGUUCGUUUUCAUCCUAUUAUGUGCUCCAGGCAUCACUGUCGCUUUUGUGGGGGAGUGUUCUGCAAUGAAUGCUCAAAGGGGAGGAGCCUAUUGCCUGUGAAGUUCCGUACUUCAGAUCCACAACGAGUCUGUGAUGUGUGCGGUGUGCGUUUGGAGUCUGUGCAGGGGUAUUUGAUGGACCAAGUUAGUCGUGCUGCACAGUUGCCAACCCAUGAUUUGACAGAUCUCAGUACCUUGAGAUCUUGGCUUAAUUUCCCUUGGGGCCAGUCCAUGGAAUAUGAGAUUUACAAGGCAACAAAUGCACUCAAAAGCUAUAACAAGAUGGGCUCUAUGUCAAAUGAAAAGUGCAUCCCGGAUGCUAUUUUGAAGCAGGCAAAAGGCCUUGCCAUUCUCACUGUCGCCAAAGUUGGUACUGUCAUGACUUACAAAGUAGGUACUGGGCUGGUUGUUGCUCGAAGGAAAGAUGGUUCUUGGUCAGCUCCUUCUGCCAUUGCUUCAUUUGGCUUGGGUUGGGGAGUUCAGGUAGGAGGACAAUGUACAGAUUUUAUAAUUGUGUUGAGAACUAGUGAAGCUGUCAAGAUGUUUGGAGGAAAUAUGCACAUAUCUUUUGGUGCUGGAAUGAGUGCAUCUGCUGGUGUUGUGGGAAGGUCCGCAGAAGCAGAUAUACGUGCUGGGGAUGGAGGUGUAGCAGCAUGUUAUACAUAUAGCUGCAGUAAAGGUGCAUUUGUUGGUUGUUCCCUUGAGAGUAAUAUAGUUACAGCUCGCCAUAAAGAAAAUUCCAGAUUUUAUGGCAAUUCAUCUCUGAAGGCGUCUGACAUUUUGCUUGGAUCAUUGCCACGACCUCCUGCUGCUGCUAUCCUCUAUGAUGCACUAACAGAUUUAUAUCAGAAAUUGGAGGGAUGAAGGUCUGAAGCAUUUGUAUAUAUUGGCUUCGUCCCAAGCUUGGGUCUCAACUGUGGAUUCUGUCAGCCUCCUUAUUCUUCAAGUUACGCCAUCUCAUUGAUUUAAUUAUUCUAAAAAGGCACUUAACGGAGUAUACAAUUGUACAGCAAAAUUUACAAAUAUUGAUUUGUGUUUACGGUUAAUAAUCAUUAAAAUUAGAAAGUUUUUCGAAACAAUCUGAUUGUAAAUAUUAACAUUAAUUGUUGAAAUGUUGAAAUUGCCUAAGCUUUGCGUCUUCCCCUGCCUUAAU